GCCCCGCCCCCGGACCCUCACCGGUCGCCGCUGCGCCGUCGCCGACGCGUCCGGAGCGCAGGCUGCGCCGGAGGCUCGGACCCGGGGCCGAGGUUCGGGCUCGGACUCGUGGUCGACGCCGGGCGCCCGCCCCGCCUGCCAUGGCCGCGCCCCGCUCUCUGGCGGCCGCCGCGCCGCCGUCGUCCGGGAAAGCCAAGCUGACGCACCCCGGCAAGGCGAUCCUCGCAGGUGGCUUGGCCGGCGGCAUCGAAAUUUGCAUCACUUUCCCCACCGAGUACGUGAAGACGCAGUUGCAAUUGGAUGAGCGUUCGCACCCGCCGCGGUAUCGUGGCAUUGGGGACUGCGUCCGCCAGACUGUCAGUAGCCACGGUGUUCUGGGUCUGUACCGAGGGCUCAGCUCCCUGCUCUAUGGCUCCAUCCCCAAGGCGGCUGUCAGGUUUGGAAUGUUCGAGUUCCUCAGCAACUACAUGCGAGAUGACCAGGGACGUCUGGACAGCACGCGUGGGCUGCUGUGUGGCCUGGGCGCCGGCGUGGCAGAGGCAGUGGUGGUUGUGUGCCCUAUGGAAACUGUCAAGGUGAAGUUCAUUCAUGACCAGACCUCCCCCAACCCCAAGUACAAAGGAUUUUUCCACGGGGUCAGGGAAAUUGUUCGGGAGCAAGGUUUAAGGGGCACAUAUCAAGGUCUCACAGCCACUGUGCUAAAGCAGGGAUCCAACCAAGCUAUUCGCUUCUUCGUCAUGACCUCCCUACGCAACUGGUACCGGGGAGACAACCCAAACAAGCCGAUGAACCCACUCAUCACUGGAGUAUUCGGAGCUAUUGCAGGGGCAGCUAGUGUCUUCGGGAACACUCCUCUGGAUGUCAUCAAGACCCGGAUGCAGGGCCUUGAGGCACACAAAUAUCGGAACACAUUGGACUGCUCCCUGCAGAUCCUGAGGAAUGAAGGACUCAAAGCAUUCUACAAGGGCACCGUCCCUCGCCUCGGCCGGGUCUGCCUGGAUGUGGCCAUUGUGUUCAUCAUCUAUGAUGAGGUGGUGAAGCUUCUGAACAAAGUGUGGAAGACAGACUGAGCCCUGAGGGCCUGCAUUGGGGGUACCCCCAGACCAACCCCCAUUGCCAUCUUUUCACAAUUCCAGUGCAGUUGUGCCAAAAGGCCCCAUUCCUGUUCCUGUCCCUUUAAGUCUAUGGCCCGUAGCCAUUGAGUCCUCGUCCCAUAGUGCAAUGUAUCCCUGUGGUCUGUCUACUGUUGUGUCCAAAUGUCCAGUCGAGGCUGGGUUUUCCUCUGGCCUGUGAAUCUGUAUCCACUUUCCAUGUGCUUGCUCAUGAGCUGUGUGCUCAUGUUCCCUGUUGUGUGCCACUUAACCAUGUGCUCUGCUUCCCAGGGUGUCCGUGUGGCCUGGGUCCACGGCCCUGUAGCCUUGGCCCGGUCCCAGCCCGGUGCCUUCCUCCCUGGGCAGUGGGGUCAUCUGUUCCAGCCUACCACAGCUGCCUCUGGGCCUUAGCCUGGCCUCACCGCAUUCCAGGGGCUACAUGCCCCCUGCUUCUCCCGCCACUGGCCUUAACUGGCCCUUGGGCCCUCCCUUCGCCCGGGACAGGGUGGCAUUUGCCACUCUCAGGACCACCCUCCCAAGGCAGAAUAAACCGGAUCCUGUCUCAA